CGGGCGGCGUAGGCCUGCUGCCCGUGCCCGGGCGUUAGAAAACUGCUAUAUAAUACGGUACAUUAGCUUGGAACCCUGGCCUAUGCAAGCCGGAAAGCGGGUCCCAAUGUCACUUUUCAAAAUCGCGGUUACACUGACCGCGCGUGCCGAGCAGGGCCUAAACAACUCCGCCUCCUGCGUAACGGCGCUGCUGACACCUUCGCCUCCCAACCGGAGUUAACCCCCAGACAGUCACGGACAGCGACGCCAGCGAGCACUCUGCUGGUACUCCUAUAGCGCGAGCCGACACGGGCGAGGGCGUAGCAUUCAAGGGCAACAACGGGGUUUGCCCUAGAAGCGGGCUGGGCCUCGAGGGCGGCACGUCAUCCUGCACUCUUCAUACAAUCGACCCUACCCUACGGCAAGAGUCAUGAGAACACGCUUCAAGACCGCGUCAGGCACGGGAAUUAUAGAGAUUGAUGACGAUGCCACCGUGGACGCAUUGUUUGAUGAGAUCAAGGCCAGGACAGGGAUAAAUCGCUUCGUCGUCAAAUAUGGUCCCCCGAUGGCGAUGAAGACACUUGACCUGAGUCACGCCCAUGAGGCUGCGAGCUCACUCGGGCUUCAUGGAGAGACACUUACGGUCGUGACAGAUGAGUCAAACUCCACAGACCCAGAAGGCACCAUCAAAGCCAGCAUGUCGCCACGAGAAAAGUUUGAGAGUCGGCCCUUCCCGACUGACAAUGAGCCCGCCGAGGACAUUGUCGUGCCAUGGCCAGAGAGGGAAGGAACUCUCCUUCUUCGCAUUAUGCCCAGCGACAACAGCUGUCUGUUCACUGCGUUCGGCGGGGCGCUUCCCGACCAGCUACCCGCCUUCUCGCUGCGGCGCAUGAUGGCAGACUAUAUCAAGGAGCAUCCGGACGUUUACUCGGAAGCCGUUUUGGGUUGCGAUACAGCCGAAUACUGUCGCAGUAUCCAAGAUCCAAAUCGCUGGGGUGGGGGCAUCGAGCUUAGUAUUCUGUCGUCGAUAUUUGACAUUCAAAUAUGUACAUUCGACGUACAGACCAGAAGCCUGAUGAAAUUUGGCGAAAUUAAGCCCCAACGAUGUAUUCUCGUGUACUCGGGCAUACAUUAUGAUCGCGUGGCCUUCUCAUACUCGAACGCCCCUUACAACGCGGCCCUGUUACCACCUGAACUGGACCGAACACUCUGGCCUGUCGAGGACCACGAAGUCUUGCAGAAGACGCAAGAACUCGUACAAGGACUCAACUCCGCACACUAUUACACCGACACUGAGGGUCUCAUUCUUAAAUGCGACGUGCCGAGUUGCGAUUGGAUCGGUUCAGGCCAGUACGAAGGAAAGAAACAUGCCGAGUUGACAGGCCACGCUCAGUUGACUGAAGUUACCGACCUGGACGGCGACGCUGUGCUCCGGAAGUGCAAUGCUCAAGGCUGCGACUACAUGGGACAAGGCGAUCGCGCAAUGAGACGACAUCGUGAUGACACUGGGCAUGCACAAUUCUCUGUUAUCCCGGACUCUUGAUGGACAUUUCGCUGAUAACUGUGCACUGUUAAUUUUCACUGGCCCUGAAAGCCCCGGGCGGCAUCUGGUUUUGGAACGUGUCAUCGUCAAAGGAUUAGACAUGGCAGGCAGCUAGCUUUAUAGCACUCCCAAACACGCCGUGAUGAUGACAAUGGUGCUGACACCCAACAUAAGCCGACCGGCAUCGUCAGUAUAGCCGGUAGCAUCCCCGAGCAGCUGGCCAGGCACGUGCUAUGUCUAAAUAAUUGGGCGGAGAAAAAACGAGCGUCAUCAUGUACAUGAGCAUGGCACAUGACACCCGGGCUAUCCAACACCCAGUCCGGCCCCAGCCGUGUUUGACGACUUCAAGUCGUGGGUUCGCCCGGAUCUAGCCUCGCAAGGCUUUGGCAUGCUUAUUUGAAAUGUGACGGACCGACACCGGG